AUGGGCAAGGACAUGAGCCAGAUCACUAAAUUAAAGAAUAUUCUCAAGGAACAAUCAAUCACCAAAAGUGAUCAAGAGAAGAAAGACGUGGAAGACAUACCCUAUGCAGAAGCUAUUGGAAGUGUUAUGUACACCAUGAUUACCACAAGGCCUGACAUUGCCUAUGUUGUUAGUCUACUCAACAGGUUUAUGUCAAACUCUGGAAGAGAACAUUGGAAAGGGUUCAAGCGGCUAUUAAGGUAUCUCAAAGCUACAUCACAAAUUCGUUUAAGGUUCACUAAGCAUAGAACUAAGAUUGAAUUGGAAGGUUAUGUGAAUGCUGAUUAUGCAUCUAACAGGGACACAAGGAAGUCAAUUACCAGCUACUGUUUUCAACAGAACAACUCCUGCAUUAGUUGA